GGCGGAUGCGUGCAGUUGUCGGUGCGCUAAAGAAAUGCAGUUUUCUGUAGUAUUCGACUGAUUGUAGUGAGCAAACGUACGUGAAAAUGGAAGAUAGAAGCCUAGUGAAAGCAAAAGUUCCGAUCCAAGAACUGUAUUUCCUGAUUGCUAAAUUCCUCGCCAAUGGACCGCUGCGAGAAACGGCAAACGUUUUAGUGCAGGAGUUGGAACAUUUAGACAUAUUUCCGCGCCGCCUCGACUGGACCGGCCAGGAGCAUCGGCAAACAUUAGCAGAAUUGGAACGAAAGUAUCCCCACAUUGGACCGCAACAUCUACUCGAAGUAUGCAGCCGUGUUGGUCCGCUGCUGGACAAACAGCUCCCGCCGGCUGUUUCCGGGAUUAUCUCGGUGCUGGGUGCGGGGCGGCAAAGUCUACUGCGCACAAAGGAAACCGUGUCGCGACCCCGGCAGCUCGUGGAUUACUACACCCGGGUGCACGACCGCCCGCUGAGCGAUGUCGUCAACCGGAACAACACGCACAACCUGGUACGGGUGCUGUACGGUCGUGAAAGUGCCGGCCCGUUGGUCCGCCACCAGGCUAUCCCAACUUCGUUCUACUCGAAGCAAAACCUGCAACGGCGCACGCUCGGCCACCUGUCGGCCGUCUACUGUGUGCUGUUCGAUCGGACGGGAAAGUACAUCAUUACCGGGGCGGAUGAUUUCCUCGUCAAACUGUGGAGCGCAAUCGAUGGCCGGCUGUUGGCCACGUUCCGGGGGGCGUCGGCCGAAAUCACCGAUAUUGCCAUCAACCUCGACAACACGAUGUUGGCGGCCGGUUCGCUCGAUCGCAUCCUGCGCGUCUGGGACCUACAGUACGGCGGUCCGAUUGCUGUCCUGUCGGGACACACGGGCAUGAUCACUUCCGUCAACUUUUGUCCCUCGCCCAAAACCGAUCUCCGAUACCUGGUAACAACCAGCACCGACGGUUCGGUCGCCUUCUGGGAGUACAACACACGCGGUGGCAAAACGACAUUCUGCUCCAAGCCAACGUCGUACCACGAGAAGCUUCGACCCGGUCAGGCGCAAAUGAUUUGCGGUUCGUUCUCACCCGGUGGCAUCUUCCUGGCGGCCGGUUCUGCCGACCAUCACGUGCGUGUCUACCUGAUGUCGGAAGACGGCCCGAAGCGUAUCCUUGAGACGGAAUCACAUGGCGAUACGGUCGACUCGAUCCAGUGGGCGCACGCUGGACUGCGGUUCAUUUCCGGCAGCAAGGACGGGACAGCACUCGUGUGGCACUUUGAGUCGCAACAGUGGAAAUCGAUCCGAUUAAACAUGUCCGAUCUGACACAGAGUUGCCCCACACCAACCGUGGACGAUGGUAACAUCAAGCUGAAGGUGACGAUGGUGUCAUGGGAUAACACGGACAACUGGGUCAUUACGGCGGUGAACGAUCACACGAUCAAGGUGUGGAACGCACAUACGGGUCGGCUGCAUCGGGUGCUGCGUGGCCACACGAGUGAAAUAUAUGUGCUUGAAUCCCACGCCAAGGAUUCAGGCGUGCUGCUGUCGGCGGGCCACGAUGGGCACCUGUACAUUUGGGACAUUGUCGAGGGAGUUACGAUCGCCAGCUUUAUAAACAAGACCGAAGAUCUUAUCGGUAACCUAGGAGGUGGCAUCUACGACGCAAAGUGGUCCCCGGACGGUAUGAUGAUUGCGGCUACCGAUCAGGACGGCCACAUCCUGAUGUUUGGCUAUGGUUCUGGGCACGAAAAACUGAAGCAACUGCCACAGGAGCUGUUCUUCCACACCGACUACCGGCCGUUGAUUCGCGACUCGGCGCUCCACGUGAUGGACGAGCAAACGCAAACCAUGCCCCAUCUCAUGCCACCUCCCUUCCUCGUUGACAUCGAUGGAAACCCAUAUCCGCCUGCCCUGCAGCGGUUGGUCCCGGGGCGCGAAAACUGUCCCACCGACCAGCUGAUUCCGAACAUCAGCGUAGAAAACGGCGGAGAGCUGCAACUGCAGCAGCAAGCGCAACCCCAGCAACUCCCCGCGGCAGGGGCCCGAGAUGGCGCCGCAUACUCGAACAUUGAUCGAAUGAUCGAGGCGUUGGCAAAUCGUCGCGUCGGCGGCGGAGGAGGAGGUGCAGGAGCAGGUGGAGGAGGAAAUGGCGAGCUGCCAUUGCCGGACGAGUUCGGUGCAGCUAUGGCUCCGGAUUCGAACAACGAGCGUCAGCAGCAGCAGCAGCAGCUUCACGCUGGUGGAAAUGCUCGGAAUCCCCCGGCUCCGGUGGCCGCAGGUCGCAACGCCACAGCACAACAGCAGCAACGCUUCGGUUCAGUCGGUAAUUGGCAUCGGGCAGGAGCACCAGCGGCGGCGGCGGCGGCGGCAGCACCACCUGAAGAGGAAAUCUUCAAGUUUCAUCGUCGACAGUACGUGAGGCCGAUGAACUAUUCGAUGAUGGUUCACCUCAAGCAGCGCGUCUACUGGGCGGGUGUGCAGGAACAGGAAGUGUACCGGCGCGAGAUGCGACGCCGACCCGUGAUGAUUAAUACUGCCAACAGUAGCGCACUGGGAGGUGGUCAGUCACUGAAUGGUGGCCCUUCCGGAAGUCGACGUCGUGGAGCCGCGGGAAAUCGUUCGUUGCGACGUGUAGGAAACGGUGGUGGUGUUGGCGCCGGUGGUGGUCCGGCACCCGCCUACCGGACGCGUGCGGUACGCGAGAACGAACCGUUACCAGAACCGCCGGAAGAGGACGAGCACGAGAACGAACAGAACGAAUCCUCGUCUUCGGAAUCAAGCCACAGUGACGAUUCGACCGCAAUCGAGGAGGAGCUCGAAUCCGGCUCUAGUUCGAGCGAUUCGCAAAGCUCCGACUACUCCGAUUGGGUUUCGCAUGAACCGGGACGAAAUUUGGAACCACCAAAGCGCUCGAAGCGCAAACACGUGCAACGGCGGGCUUACUCACCGCCCGACCCUGAUCAAGCCGGUCCAAGCAAUGCGCAAGCGGAAGGACCAUCGGGAGCGGCCGCUAGUGACACGAGUGCCACAGGCACCGCCACUACGAGUCGCCGUUCGAAUGCAAAGAUCCGCAAAAUACCGUUGACACGCGAUGGCGAAAUACCCGAACAGUUCCGGCCGCCCGAGUGGUUGUCGGAGGUGAUUCCGCGGAAGGCGCCUUACUAUCCGCAGAUGGGCGAUGAAGUCGUCUACUUCCGGCAGGGUCACCAGCGUUACCUGGAGGCGGUGCGCACGAAAUCGGUCUACAGUUUGGGCAAUCGGUGCGAACCGUGGGCCACGUUAGACUUGCGAGCACACGAAGUGUGCAAGGUGAUCGGUAUAAAGUACGAGAUCCGACCACCAAGGCUCUGCUGCCUCAAGCUGGGAAUCAUCAACGAGGAGGGUGACCUGACGGAUCGCUCUUUUGCCAUCAAGUACCACGACAUGCCGGAUGUCCUAGAUUUUCUAGUGCUGAAGCAAACGUUUGACACAUCAAUGAUCGGUCGGACUUGGGGACCCGGUGAUCGCUUCCGUUGCAUGAUCGAGGACGUGUGGUGGACGGGACAAAUCGAAUCUCGCAACCAGCUUUCGAGCGAGUUUCCCGACUCACCGUUCAUGUGCUUCCGAGUGCGUUGGGACAAUGGAGAGUACGAACUGAUGAGUCCCUGGGAUCUGGAGCCGGUCGACGAAAGUCGCCAGCCGGAAGAGAUCGGUGGAGCGGUUCCGGUGCUGGCCGAAGAGCUGCAGGCGACACUGUACCAACCCAAAACGGAAGAGUGGCCGCGAGGCGACCGGGACGCGUCCUGCCGGCGUAUCAUAGCGGGGCUCGAGCAGGUCAUGGGGUUAGCGAUCGCUGAUCUCUUUCUGGCCCCCGUCGAUCUCAACCUGUACCCGGAGUACGCGUUCGUGGUGGAGUAUCCGAUCGAUUUGAACACGAUCAAGUCCCGCUUCGAAAAUCGCUUCUAUCGGCGGGUCACGUCCGCCCAAUUCGAUGUGCGCUACCUGGCGACAAAUGCGGAAAAGUUUAACGAAUCGCACAGCACGAUCGUACGCAAUGCACGCAUCAUCACUGAUCUCUGUUUACGCAUUUUGAGUGAUCUCAACGAAAUUGACGUCCCAGCCGUUUACCAUCAGCUGGUCGAUACCUACCUCUCGUCGGACUCGGAAGUGGAAAGCCAUCGUCCCGGCCAUCCUUCUAGCGGUGGAGCUGCGGGAGGUACUGGGCCGUCGGGGAGCGGUACUUCCGCUAACCGCCGACCUCCGGCCGGUUCGCGAAGAUCUCGUCGAUUGGUGCCGGAAGGAGAUUGGCGCGUCGAUUGCCGAGAAAUCCUUGAGAUGAUCUGGCAGUGUGAUGAUUCCGAGCCAUUCCGGGAACCGGUCGAUACGAUCGAACACCCAGAUUAUCUGCAGAUCAUCGACACGCCUAUGGAUUUGCGCACCAUCAAGGAGGAUCUGCUUGGCGGAAACUAUGAUUCGCCGCUCGACUUCUACAAAGACAUGAAGCUAAUCUUCCAAAACUCGCGCAACUACAACACCAACAAGCGUUCGAGGAUCUAUUCGAUGACUUUGCGGCUGAGUACGUUGUUCGAGGCUAACAUUAAACAGAUUAUCCAUAUGUGGAAGAUGGCUCGGAAGCGUGGUAAGGCUGGCAGUAAACGAAGCAGCGGUAGCGGAGCUGCCGCCGGUGGAGCCAGUGGGAGCGGGUGGAUGGCUGCUACCGGCUCAGGGGCGUCAAAUAAUGGGCUGCCCUCAACAAAACGUCGUCGAAACGCGGAACGUCGUCGCAGAGGGGCCGACAACGAUGGUCCCGGUCCGAGCAGUAGCAACAGCGGGCGACGAGGAUUAGUAGCGGCUGUUGCGCUGGGCAGCAGCUCUGGUAUGAACACAAGUGGAGGCUCCUCGCGGACAGCCGCAAGUCAUACACGCAGCGAUGACGAAGACGACGAUGACGAUGACGAAGAUGAAGUGGGUAAUCUACCAUCGACGCCUAGCAAGAAACGAACGCGCAACGGUGGCAUGCUAUCGCGGCGAGGGCAAGCGGCCGGUGGAUCAAAUGGUGUUUCUUCAUCGAGCAACCAUGUGAUAGAUCUGUUAUCGCCUCCAAGCAGUAGUCGUACGCGAACCCGGCGACACGGUCGCCGAUCUCAGGACGAACAAGACGAUGAAGAAGAAGAGGAGGUUGACGAAGCGUCUGUGGGGAGUGAUGAGGAAAGCGAGAUGAGCACUAGCGGUGGGGACGAUUCGACGAGCCUAGACGAUUCGGACAGCGACGAUGACGAUGACGACGAUAGUACAGGCGUUCCAGUAUCGCAUCGAGCCGACUACGAUUCAGGUGAAGUGUACAAUCCGUACAAAAAACGCCGGAAGGUUGUACACGUUUCGCAAAAGAAAAAGAAAAAGGUCCAUCGUCGCCGGAAGGUCAGUUCGACGACGAAACGUAAAAAUGGCUUGUCUUCCGUGACCAGCGAUACGGCGACUAUGGGUGCAUCAUCGGUAGCAGCGAGUGGCACUACAUCUCGUGCGACCGUCAGACAAGAUGCUUUUGGAGCAGCAUCGACGGCAGCCGGACAAUCAUCGUCACGUUCUCUGCGAAACGGAGCAUCGUCAUUUUCGUCGUUCAUGCAACCGACCGGUGACACAAGAGGCCCCAGUGAUGGGAGGAACAAUGGGAAGCCAAAGACGACCAACAAGCGAUCUCGUCGUGCGAUUCGCAAUCCGCUGGCUGCAUCAUCCGAAGAGGAUGACGAUGACGAUGAGGACGACAAUAUGGCGGAGAGAAGUGGACGCCGAGGGGGACCGAGCGCGAACGGAUCGGCUGCUAAGCGUAAUCGCGGACGGUAUGAGUCGGACCAUAGCUACCAUAAGGAGCGCCCCAAAACAGCUCGGAUUGUGUCCGAUACGGAGAACGAGGAAGAAGUGCCACGAUCGACGCGCGGAAGCGUUCGACGAGCGCAAGCGGAGUGGGGCAAGAGUGAGGACGAUAGUCUCGACGGAGAACGUAAUGCUGAUGACGACGACGAUGAUGACGACGAUGACGACGACGACGAAGCAGGCGAUAGUGGAAUCCCUGUGGUUGUUGCCGUUGUCGGAAGAAGUCGUCGGAUAGCGGACGAGGAUGAGGAAGACCAGCAUCAAGCUGGUCCGAGUUCUCGAAGCACCGGCGCAUUCUCGACGGCUGCGACGGGGGCAUCCGGCACAGCUGCUUCGGACCGUCGGAUGCGAACGCGUAAACCAGUCAUCUCCGAUCGCGAACAGACCCCAGAGGAGGCGAGCAACAUCAGCAAGCGUGGGUCAACACAACGGGCGGCGGCAGCGAGAAGCCAACGUAGUAUUGCUUCAGGCGGUCGCAAUACCAACAGCCAUUGGUACGACAGCGCGAGUGAUCAUGAAACGGGUCGGCCACACCAGCAACAACAGACUUCCUCCUCCAGUACCUAUCAUUCCUCGCGAACCUCACGCCGCGUGAUCGUGGAAACUACGACCGAGACGAACGGCUCGGGUGUCAUGGUUCGACGAACAGAAGCCAGCACCAGCACGAGUUCUACGGCCAUUGGACGUCGGUUACGAGGCACGACCGGCGAGGGAGUGAUGGCGGCCAGUAGCACAAGUACGCCACCACCGCACACGGUCGAUCACAACUACGGUGAACCGGGUCCAUCAUCCCGCGGUGCAUCAUCGGCCACUGUGAGGGGCGUCCCCGUGUCGGCGAGUGCCGGUAGGCUCGGCGGGGGAACGACGACAACGCCCCUUGAGACAGCAGCUCUUUUGCGAAGGACACGCAAUCGCACUGCCGCAACACUUUCGCGCCACCAACGGAAUCCCGACGAGCUGGACCAGACUAUGAGCGUGACGGGAAGUGAGCUGGUGGAUGCUGGUCUGUCGAACGAAUCUAUCGUGCACGAGAACCAUCACGGCAGUGACCACAACAACGAUGAUCCCGAGGAGGACGAUGAUGACGACAUGCCACUUCGAGCGCCGCAAGGGGGCAAGGUGGGUCGCCAGUUACGGAACCGUCGUCACAUUGCGAAAAAUCGAAAAAAGUCCGUGUCCUUUUCUCACGAUGAGGCAAUGGCCGAUGAAAAAGAGGAUGAUCAGGUGGAGGCUAGCAGUGACAGUGAUAGUGAUUCGGAUGAUAAUACGCCGCUUCACACGAUGGCUGCCGCACUUGCGACUACCGCUGCGCCCGCCGCUUGGUCAAGAGCUCGUGCCAGCCGCUCGCAAACCACCCAAGCCGCCAGCAGUUCCGCAACGACGGAGGCGGUCGCGGCCACCACUACGGGGGCCCGUACGACGCGAGGGACCCCAAAAAAAGCAGAACAACCGGCGACGGCCAGUACGAGUCGAGCGCGUCGGAAAGAACGAUACACAUCGGACGAAGAAUACGAGCUGCCUGGCACUUCGAGUGGUCGAUCCACGCGCAACCUGAAGCGACUCCGGUACAACGAAGAGUCGGAAGAGGACGAUGAUGACGAUCGUCACCAUCGUGGUCGAAGGCGGUUCGGCGGGACCCACAGGAGCCAACGAAUCCCUCCAGCGCAACGGAAUCCAGUGCACGUACACGACGAAGACGACGAUGACGACGAUGACGACAUAGCGCGCGCAUUGGCAAACAUCCGGCAGCGCUCCCGUCGCUUGACCGACGCUUCACCGUCGCCCUACGGUAGUACUCAAAAUAGUCAUAAUAGUAGCGGUGUUGUUGUCCAGCAACCAGCGACACAACAGCAGGCUGCGCAACACCAUCCACCAUCAUCACAACAACAACAACAACAACAACCACAUCAUCCUCCGUAUCAUCCUCCUUCUCGCCAUCAGUCGUCCGCCAACACCAACCAGCGCGGUACCGGCGCAGCUGAUCCUGCAGCGAACGACGAACUUCUGCAGCGACCCAUCGGUGAUGGUGUUGUUGCUGGUGGUGGCCUACGUCAGCGUCGGGUUCCGCGCCCCCACCGUCAUCGUCACAGUUACUUGUCGGAUGCAGAUGAAGGAAGCGCGUCGCUGUCGCAAGUUAUGGAAGGAGCAGCAGCAGCAGCAGAACCUUCGCCAUCGGCGAGAGCCACUAGAGCCAGAGAACGGGAUCAUCGCGAUCAUCACCAAUCCUAUCAACAUCAUCAUCAUCGACUGCGUAAUGGCGACGCCAGUGAAGAGUACAACAACGACGUUGAUAUCGAAGGUGAGGAGAAUGAUGCCGCCAUGCUGCUGACUAGUGUCAGCAGCCGGGGCCGGGUGCGGCGUAUCAAUCCACGCGUAAGCAGGAUGUUCCGCGAAUAGCCGAACGCCCCACAGCCGGGUGAAGGAGAGGAGGUAGUAGAAUGUAGUUGGAUUGACAGCGGUUCGCUGUUGGUGGACGAUCGUCAUGACCGUGAUAAUGACAGCGAUUCGCUGGCCGAGUAUUCUUCCCCAUUUGCCGAUGGAUGUCCUUCGCUUCAAUCGGAUGACGCUGCCGAGCAGGAGUUGUUCCCGACACUGGCAGAUCCAGACGAUGAUGAUGAUGGUGAAGGUGAUGGCGAUGCUGACGAUGAUAUGGUUUACGAUAUCAUAACAUAAUCCCUGCCUCAAAAAACUCAUCCGUUUAUCGGUUUUCUUGGCAAAAACACAAACGAAUAUACAUACAGUAAGACUGAUUAGUAAAACACUUAAUGAAAACAGAAACUGUUAGGUGACGAUCGGCGGCACGACAGGAGUGUGCGUAUGUUGUAGGAGCGUGAUGCGUUUCUCAUCGCUAGUAUCAAAUCUAUCACUUGAUUCUACCGAUUAUUCAUUAAUUCCAGCGUGUUCUUUUUCACCACUUUUGCGUUUGUUCAAUUUUCGGUACUUCGGUGUUUACUCACCAAUCCGCCUGGGAUGGGAGUGUGGUGCAGUUAGCUGGUAAAAGAGGGCAUGAAAAGAGUAGAAUUGACGGUGUUUGCAUCCAUAAUCCAUGAUCCAUUCUCGAUGCAAUUCCCGUUUCUUUGAAGAACCGUUGCCGUUUCUUACAAGACAUAGAAAACGCCGUUCACGAGCGCUACAGAAGCUGAACAAGAAAGCAACACAGAAAGGAAAAAUGAACGCAAGUUGUUGGCGUAGACCAUAGUAACCGAUAGGCGAGAAGAUCGAUCAUCUCGGUUUUGUAUAAACUAUACAUAAAAAAGGAAAAAAACUUAUGUCCCUACGGAUCGCGGCUGUUAUGGUACGUAACUGUAAAAAUGUAAAGCGAUUUAAAAAGAGCCUCUGCACACGAUUCCAUCUGUUUAUCGUGUUGUGCAACAACGAAGCUUGUGGUCCCUUUUGUGGUUUCCGUUGAACAAACCUGAAAGGGACACGCGAUCUUGUGUUUGUGUGUUUGUGUGCGUGUGUGCUUAUGUUGUGCGAACGGCUAUACUUAUAAGUUUACUUAGUCUAUAUUUAAAAAAACAGAAAGAAAACGGGAAGGACAUGUGUUCACCCUACAGGAGUAUCUGUGUCUGAUCGACCAAUAAUUCUUCCCGUUUCCCGUCUGAAUUAUUAUUAUUAUCAUUAAAUAGCUAGUGUAAGUAGCAGCAAAGCGGUCGUUGUCAGUAAGAGCGGGAAAGGAGGAUUUAAAUACGAAAAUUUGCAACCCUCCCAUGCACUGUUGAGCUUGCAUGUGCGCCGAACUAAUUUAAAGGACUCUGAUUACGACGUCCCUAACGGAGGAGAGAAGUUAGUAAUAAACCUAACCAA